AUGAGUCAACGAUACCCAAAAGAAUUCCAUAACCGCACAGCUAUUGUUACCGGUGCAGCUGGGAGCAUCGGGGCGCCCCUGUGCUUGGCCCUGGCCAGAGCCGGAGCCAACGUUGUUGCGAACGACUACGGAUGCUCUGUCUCCGGAGAGGGCUCAUCAUCGGACCAGGUUACACAACUGGUUGAGAAAAUCAAGGAAGAAGGUCUGGUCGCUAUUUCAGACACACAUGAUGUCAGCACCGAGGCGAAAGCGAUUGUUGAUGCCGCGAUAGCCAGCUUUGGACGAGUCGAUGUGAUUAUCAACAACGCCGGGAUCAUCGAGUACGGAGCAGUCGAGAAUCAAAGUCCAGGCGUUGUUCAAAAGAUAUUUCAAGUCAACGCUCUUGGUGCAUACGCGCUUUGCCAUUAUGCUUGGCCUCACAUGAAGCGUCAAGGCUAUGGACGAGUAGUCAACUUCACUUCAGACUCAAUAUUUGGGUUGGUGAACAGCUCUGGUUAUGUUAUGGCCCGCGGGGCUAUGCUUGGUAUUACAAGAAGUCUCGCACUGGAGGGAGCUCCUCAUGGCAUAUUGGUAAAUACCGUCGCACCGGCUGCUUUCUCACGCAUGAUGGCCGAAGUGUCGAGGGAUAUACCCACCGCGCAGCUCGAAUGGAUCAAGGCUAAAUAUACUGGAGAGUCAAACCUUCCUGUGCUGAUGGCACUUGCUAGUGAGAAAAUAACACUCUCAGGAGAGAUAUGGCAUUCGGGGGCUUAUUCUGUCGGGCGUGGUAUUCUCGGGACGACCAAGAACAGAACAGACAUUCAUACCACAGAUGACUGUAUCAAGGCUAUGGAGAAAUUGAAAGCAGAAGAAUCGGAUUGGGCAGAGCCAAAGAGUGUUUCGGAAUUUCUCAGUUUCAAAGCGACUUAG